AUGUCAAACGCAUUUUAUCAUUUUCUUUUUGUUGAUUAACAAGCUUUUAGUUUGUGGAUUGUGAUUUUAUUAAAUAAAUCGUAAUGAUGGCUGAGGAUACGACGGCAGAUGCCACAAGGCGAUUAAAUGUUAAAAAACAGACAUUAGAUGAUGCGUACGCUGCGCCGGCGAAUUUUCUUGAGAUCGACGUGGUAAACCCUGUAACGACCAUGGGUGUUGGAAAAAAACGUUAUACGGAUUACGAAGUACGCAUGAGGACGAACCUUCCUGUGUUCAAAGUGAAAGAAUCCAGUGUUAGGCGGCGAUACAGUGACUUUGAAUGGUUAAGAAAUGAACUUGAAAGGGAUAGUAAGAUUGUAGUUCCACCUUUACCUGGCAAGGCAUUAAAAAGACAACUACCAUUCCGGAGUGAUGAUGGUAUUUUUGAAGAGGAAUUUAUUGAAGACCGUAGAAAAGGUCUAGAAGGCUUUAUAAACAAAAUAGCUGGUCACCCCCUGGCACAGAAUGAGCGUUGUCUUCACAUGUUUUUACAAGAGGCUACAAUCGAUCGCAACUAUGUACCAGGCAAGAUUCGUAACACAUAACCAAUGAAAUUAUUACUACUGUAAAACAAUUCUCCUUUUCUUAUAGCAAAUGCCACCAACUUCCAAAGUAAACUAACCAUUGCCAUAUAUUCUCAUAUUUUAGUUGAAUUUAAAUUGAAUACCCGAGUUGAAUUGACAAACACUCUAUCCAGGGUCCCAAUUAUUGGUUCUACAAUGAGUUAAAUUUAAUAACAAUAUUGAUUAAUGGUACACUAUUUAAAGCAUUCAUUCUAUAUAGUUCAGAUUAAACUAAACUAUUAAUUGAUAAAAGUAAGGUCUUGCUAGCCCAUUUGUUAAUCAUUUCAUAAACAACUUAAUUAAUUUAACUAGAAGAAACUAUUUCAACUUGUCUAAUGAAAGAGAUAUGUACAUAAUAUUUUGAGGCCUUAACUAUCAACCUCUAAGAAUUAUAUUUAUUUUGGUGUGAGAGUCAGUGUGUGUGGCUAUAGAGUAAUUUUGUAUAGAUACUAAUAUAAAAUUAGGGUUUUAUUUUAUGCAAAACAUUUCAAUUAAUGAUAAUUUGCAUGUUAAUUUAAAUAUUUAAACAAGCUAUUAAAGAAAUUCUGAAUUGAAUGCUGAAAUUUUUUUUUGCUCGAAAUCUAGGAGAAUUGUUUUACAAAUAACCGUCCUAAUCCAGGGUUGCCAAUUAUCAUAAUUUUCACUCUGUAUUAUCAUUAUAUUUCUUAUAUUACCAUAUAAGAGAUGAGUAAUUAAUGCAAGGGAAUAAUUAUAACCAGUAUCCAUAAAGACUUGUAUGGCAACCCUAAAGUAUGCAAGAAGGAAAUGCAUAAUAUCAUUGUAAUACAAUAUUGUAACUUAUUUCAUUCCACAUUGAUUCGCCACAUAUUUAGCUGUUAAAUCAUGUUAAUUUUUAAAUUAAAGCUAUGUAGACAUGGUUAUAAUCAGAUCAAGAUAUAAACAUUAAAGUACACUUAGACUAAAUGUCAAAAUCAUAAAAACUAUCUAGAAGAAAAUUAUCAUCUUUUUCGCCAAGAUUGACAAUCGGAUAGCAAAGCAUUGUAUUGGAGAGGGUUGGCCUUGUCUAUGGACUUUAACAUAUAUGUAUACAAUCAUAAUUAUAAAACAAAACAAACUAUGUCUACUUACGCUUAAAGAGGGACUGAUACAAAAAUAGUCUUCAUUGAUUUUUGUCGUAUAUUAGUUUUGUUAGCCAAUUUGUAUCUCGUCCCAAACCAUUUUAUAAAGAACUAGUUGAAAAGGUCUCUCAAAAGUGUAUUUUAGAACAAAAAUUAUAUUAAGGUAAGUGUCGUUAAGCAAUAUGGUAUUGUUAAUAUUGUUUUUAAUGUACGCUAGUGAGUCGCCACUACAAUUUAAAUAUACCAAAUUUAUUUGCUUAAAAUCGGUGCAAUCUUAUCAAAUAUUUAAAGGUAAUAUAUAAGUCUUAUGCUUUAGGUUUCUAUGCAUAAAAGAUUGAAAAUAUUAAGUAUAUUUUCUGUAGGUAAACAUUUUAUGUUUCAAGAGCUUGCCAAGUUGAUUGUUAAAACAAUUUUUUAUUUAUUGAAUAAAUGAAUUUAUACAAAAAGCAAUCAUAUUACGAAUUUUGAAAUUCUUUAAACUUAUAAGAGGAACUGAAGGGAAGAUAAUAAAUCUUACAAAAUACUCAACAUAUUAUUUGUAUGAUGGAAUAGUUCAAGUAUUUUGAUGUAGAAACUUGAAGCUGGGAAUAUAUAUUCUUUACUAUUUUUGCUUUUUUAUUCAUUUUAGCUUACACGAUUAAAGCAAAAUAUAAAGAUUUAUAGUGGCGUAAGAUUAAAUUAUGUAAUUGUUUUAAAUUAGUUCAUUCCUGUUUUUUCUGGUUUAAACAAAUGUUAUAUACAAAUAGCUUUACACGGAAUGAAUUUAGGUAACACUUAUUCCUAUUAAGUUUAUAAAUCUCAUUGUUUUAUUGUCAUCAUGUUCUAAAAUUGUAUUUAUUAAAUCUGUUCUUGGCGAAAUGUUGACUUGCUCCAUAAUAAAAGACAUAAAUAUCAUAACAAAGAUGUUUCAGUUAUGGUAAAAAAAAUUGAAAGGGUAGUUGUAAAAAUCUAUUAAAAAAUGUUGUCGCCAUGAACAGACGGAUUGUUUGUUUAGUUAAAUUAGUUUAGUUCACUUACGUGAUGCUGAAAUGACUUUUUUUUUGUAAUAUAUUAAUAGAUUCUGAAUUUUAUGAACCAAUCAUAUAAAUUUAUCGCCGAAUAAUUAUUGAUUGGUUGUACAGAUGCACUCAUUAUAAUCAUUAGACACAGAAAGUAUGUUAUUUACACCAGAUGACAUUUGGUUUUGUAAAUCAUUAGGUUAGGAUUAUAAAAUAAAUUUGCUAUGGUG